ACUAAAACAGCGCAGAAGUGUGAGCAAAGCAGCGUUUAGUAUGAACCACACAUCACGGAGGACCACGGUCUCGGGCGCCGACCAGAGUUUCUCCCGCAGUCUGCACGGUGCUGCAGCUCUGCGGCCUCACGUGCUGGACGAGUCUCUGAUCCGCGAGCAGACGGAAGUGAACCACUUCUGGGGGCUUGACGACGACGGCGAUGUUAAAGGUGGAGGUAAAGCCACCAUUCAGGGAAAUGGAGACUUGGCAGCGAGGGCUGCCGAAGCCACCGGGCACAACGGGUACACCUGCAGUGCCUGCAGCCUGCUCUCUGAGCGCAGGGACGCCCUCACCGCACACCCCACCUCCCGCGUCUAUGCUGGGGACAGGACUCAGAAACGCGGCGCGUCGUCCCCCACGGAUAGGAUUCUGUGGCUGGCCAAAUGCACUUCGGCGUCUUUGUCGUCGUUCUUAGUCCACCUUUUUCACGUGGUUUUAAUGAAGCUCAAUUACGAAUCAGAAAAUUACAAAUUGAAAAGUCAUGAAUCAAAAGAGUAUGAAUCAGAGAGCUUUGAGUCAGGAAGCCGUGCACCCACAGCUCAUGCCAGUUGCUAUGGGAGCGUGAACGUGACAGAGCUCAGCGAGGACGGCCACCUUGGUGGGCGCGGGGUGUCGCUGUGCAAGGACGGUGAGGGGACGCAGCGCCUUGAGACACACGCGGCCACCCAUUCACAGUCGUCCGGGCCACGCCGCGUGGCAGGGACCGUGGGGCGCCUCUGUGCCCAUGCAGGUCACCUCCUGGUGCAGACGCUGCAGAGGGUCCGAGCUGCAGGUUGCCGCGUGUCCAGGACGCUGUGGUCCGUUCUGUGGCUGGCCCUGGUGACUCCAGGUGGGAAGGCAGCCUCCGGCGUGUUCUGGUGGCUGGGGGUCGGAUGGUACCAGUUUGUCACCUUGGUUUCCUGGCUGAAUGUGUUUCUUCUGACGAGGUGCCUUCGAAAUAUUUGCAAGUUUUUCCUGUUGCUCAUCCCACUGUUGCUUUUCCUUGGUGCCGGCCUCUCCCUGUGGGGCCAGGGUGGCUUCCUCUCCUCCUGGCCUGUGUUCAGCUGGCCAGACCUGCAGGGGACACAGAAGGCCGAUGACCCCAGCGACGUGUUCGGACCUGCAACCUCCCGCCUGGACCUGCCUCCGGGGGGCGACGACAGGGCGUCCCAGCGGCACUGGAUGAGUGGCGUGGAUCAGCAGAUGACUUCUCUGGCUGGCUGGUGCCACACCCAUGACGAGCAGCUCCGGGGGCUGACGCUGUCCCUGCAGAAGCUGCAGGCGCGGGUGGACCGGCUGGACGAGGGCCGGGCAGGGCUGUCCUCGUGGGUGAAGGACGUGGUCGGGCAGCAGCUGCAGGAGGCGGAGGCUGCCAGGCUGCCGGGCACUCAGAUUGAUUUUACGGCUUUGCACCGAGAACACGAGGCGCGCAUCUCCGCCCUGGAAGGGCUCCUCGGAAAACUGGCAGAAAAGUCCGAGGCCAUCCAGAGGGAUCUUGAACAGACGGAGCUCAGGACAGCAAGCGGCGGCGAGGAGCAGCAGCGCCUGCUGGCCAGCGUGAAGCACUUGGAGCUGGAGCUGAGCAGCCUGCGGGCACAGGUGUCCGACUGGCAGCGCCUGCAGAGCGGCUGUGCGAGGGUGGACGCGGCCCGGGACCAGGUGGAGGCCCAGGUCAGAGAGGCGGUGAGACUCCUGCUCUCCGAGGGCCAGCAGGACGAGGUCCUGGAGCAGCUGCUGCACCGGCUCUCCGCGCACUUCGUGAGCAAGGAGGACCUGCAGCUGGCUCUGCGUGCGCUGGAGCUGCAGGUGCUGAGCAACGUCUCGCGCCACAUCGCCGGGACCGGGCAGGGGCCCACGCCUGAGGCCGUGCUGGCCGCCGUCAACGAGGCAGGCAUCUCUGGCAUCACAGAGGCGCAAGCUCAGGUCAUCGUGAACAACGCUCUGAAGCUGUACUCCCAGGACAAGACCGGGAUGGUGGACUUCGCGCUGGAGUCUGGAGGCGGCAGCAUUCUGAGCACGCGCUGCUCCGAGACCUACGAGACCAAGACCGCGCUCAUCAGCCUGUUCGGGAUCCCUCUGUGGUACUUCUCACAGUCGCCCCGUGUCGUCAUCCAGCCCGACAUCUACCCGGGGAACUGCUGGGCGUUCAGGGGCUCCCAGGGCUACCUGGUGGUGAGGCUGUCGAUGCCCGUCUGGCCGGCCACGUUCACGCUGGAGCACAUCCCGAAGACGCUGGCACCCACCGGCAGCAUCGCCAGUGCCCCCAAGGACUUCGCCGUCUACGGCUUAGAGAACGAGUACCAGGAAGAGGGGCAGCUCCUGGGACAGUUCACCUACGACCAGGAGGGCGACUCGCUGCAGAUGUUCCCUGUGCCGGAGAGGCCGGACAGAACGUUCCAGAUCGUGGAGCUGCGGAUUCUCUCCAACUGGGGACACCCCGAGUACACGUGUCUCUACCGCUUCAGAGUCCACGGGGAGCCGGCCGAGUGACGCCGCGGCCUGGCCGUGUACAUGUCUGUAUAUACGGAGAUGGCCGCCAGCACUGGAGGCCCCGGGGAUGGCGGCGGAGAGAGGCGGGAUGCUGUCGCUUCAUUAAACGUGCCGCCUGCGAGAGCGUGUGUGCUUAAGUGGCGGGAGCCCCCGGGCCGCCAGCCCCGCGUCCCUGGGCUGUGUCUCCUUCCCGCGGGAGGCGGCGUGGAGUCGAGGCCCGCGCUCAGCCUUGCUGUGGGCUCCUCGGGUGGCCGCCCUGACUCCAGGCUGCCGGGGCCAUCGCGCGCCGCUCGGGAGGCCCGUUUGGUUCUAAUGUUUCUUACACACAGACUGUUUUACCGCCCAGACUUCGUACAGGCGUCUGCGAGGCACUUGGGGCUGCGGCCGUCCCACUGGAGAGCUAUCUGUUUUACUGGUUGAGAGUCUGCCAUGCCUGCCGUAUCUUCAGAAACCACAGUGACGGUGCUGCUGUCCGGACUGCGGCCUGCACGGCACCCGGCGCUCAGUGACGGCGCUGCUGCCCGCACUGCGGCCUGCGCGGCACCCGGCGCUCAGUGACGGCGCUGCUGCCCGGGCUGCGGCC